GUCGGCGCACUCAACGGUGCCCAAUGCGAAGAAGCUGGAUGAGAAUGGCGAGACCUUCCGGCAUGCCACCGUGUCCCACGAAUUCAAGACCGCCCUUCAGCAGGCGCGCCUAGCGAAGAAGAUGACGCAGACCGCCCUGGCGACUGCCAUCAACGAGAAGGGUAGCGUGAUCAACGAGUACGAGAGUGGCAAGGCUAUUCCAAAUGGCGCCAUCAUCAACAAGCUGAACAAGGCUCUUGGUGUUCGUCUGCCGAAGGCCAAGUAG